UGCACCACAGUGCCGAAACAGAGUCCACUUCACUCAUCAGCUUUUUCUUAAAUGUUUGGUCUGAUUUAUGGAAAUAUACAAGGAGCGACUAACAACUACGGCUAUACGGGGACGUGUCAAAUAAUUUAUUCUCUAUAUCCUGCAUCUUUCAAACUUCGGGAUCAUGUCUAAGAGAAAAGUGAGGGGACUCACUCGAACCGGGCGCCAGGUGAGUGAGGAUCCGGACCUUGACAACUUGCUGUCAAACCUGUCGCCUGAAGAGAUGGAGGAGCUACAGAAGGAGGUGUCGACAGUGCCUGACCCAGACCCAAGUGAGAUUAUCAUAGUAGACCAAACCAAUUUAAAACAAAGCACUCAUAAUAAAAGAGAUUCUCCCUUGACUAAUCACGGCGAGUUAAAGACGGGUUUGCAAAGGAACAUCUCCACGGAGGGUCAGCCCAGAAGGGAAAGUCGGAAACAAGAAUAUCUCAGAAAAAUGGGCUUGAGUCAGGAGACAAAUGUUUCCAGUAAUGACAGAAGGGAAAGAGGAAAUCAGACUUCCAUGUGCAAUGCUCCUGUUAAACAAGAGAAAAAUAUGGAGGACAGGAACACAGGGGCCACAGAGGAUUCUAAAGAUACAAGAAUAAGGCUAUUCAAGAGGAAUGAGGAAACAGAAAAGAAAUGUGAGGCCAAGGAGAAAGAACAGAAUGAUGAUUACAAGUUCAAACAGGACACAAAAGAUGGAAGCAGCAAGACAAAAGAAUUGAUAUCCAAGUAUCAAGAAAAAAAAGAGGAUUGUAAAGAGAAGGAGAGAAGAGAUGAAAGCUGGAAGAGAGAAUCAGGAGACAGCAAGACAAAGAUUAUUUCUAGGUUACAGGGGAAGCAGGAAAAGGAAGAAAAAAAGGAACAAGGAAUGAAAGCAGAAAUCAGGAAAAGACAGGACAGUAAGACAAAAGACCUUGUUAGAGGAAAGUUAGAGGAAAACCAAAAUGCAGUUGUAGAGAGCAAAAAAGAAGAAAGCAGUAGGGCAGAUGACAAAGAGAAAACAGAAGAACAAGUGGAGUUAGUUAGCAAUGGCAAGAUAAAGGAAAUUAUUCUGAUGGAUGCUAGGAAAAAUAUUAAUAGUAUAGAUCAAGAGAGUGAGAAAGAGAACAUGGAUAAGGAUCAAGAAGUAUUAAAAAUGAGUUCUGUUGACAAUGGAAAAAAGAGACCAAAAGUGCAAAAUGAGAUCCAAAAUGAAACCCCUGAAAUCAAUGAAGAAGAAAAAGUUGGAAAUUAUGUGGCAGAAAACUCAAAAACCAUGACUAAAGAACAGCAGGAAGAAGAGGAGUCUGCUAGCAUGUUUGCUCAAGAUCUAGAGAGACUACGCAGCAAUGACCCCACGAUGACAGAGGUCAAUGUCAACAAUUCAGAAGUCAUCAAAGUCAAAACCCUCAUUCAGUUUGCUGAAGCACUAAAUAACAACAUGUAUGUCAAGACAUUUGCCCUUGCUAACUGCCGUGCAGAUGACCAUGUGGCCUAUGCUAUUGCAAGCAUGUUAUGCAGUAACAAAAUCAUCACUAGCAUCAACAUGGAUUCUAAUCUUCUCACCAGUAAGGGCAUCAUGGCACUGGUCCAAGCCCUCCAGUACAACACCUCCCUAACUGAGCUUCGCUUCCAUAAUCAGCGACAUAUCUGUGGAGGCAAGACAGAAAUGGAGAUGACAAAGAUUUUGAAGGAAAACACAACUCUACUCAAACUGGGCUACCACUUUGAGUUGGCUGGCCCACGCAUGACCAUGACCAACAUCCUCAGUCGUAACAUGGACCGGCAGAGGCAGAAGAGGUUGCAGGAGCAGAAACAGGCCAUAGCCCAGGGAACUGGAGACAAGACUGACUCACUGAAAGUCCCACAGCCUGGCUUCAACAAAAGUUCCCCAAGAAACUCACCAAAGCCAUCUCCGACUCCAUCUCCUGUACCAUCUCCGAAGUUGACUCCAAAGGCCUUUAAAGGACCUGGUGGUCCUCCACCCCCACCACCUCCAAUUCUAGAUGGUGAAUUCCUGAAGAACUCUCUGACCCCUAUAUCACAGAGAAAGCUUGAGGACAGAACUGGAGGCCGAGAUGGAGGACUAAAUUCAAGGGAUCAACUUCUAGCCUCUAUAAGGGGUGCCAAUAUUAAACAGUUAAAAAAGGUUGCAUUACCAAAACUACUGCAAUAAUCAGACAAGGAAAAGUUAAACACAAAGUGAAGAACAGGUGGCAGACAUCUCACCUUGUAAAGAUCAGGCUUUGGCAUCUGAGUCUACUAUGGCCUAUAAGACCGACAAGGAUGUGCAUAAUGAAUACAGUAUAAUUCUGUAGGAUACAGCUUCAGCCCAGGAUUCUGUCAUGAACUAUGGAAAGGAAUGGAUACCUGGUUCAAACAUGGUGCUCAGAGGGUAAAGUUUCCAGCCUGUAUUGAUAUUUGCACUAAGUGAAGUAAUUCACAUGGUAAAUUGGUGAAUGUCUGUAAUACAGGAUGUGUGUAUAUGUGUAUGGAGAACUCUGCUGCCAGGAAAGCUGAUUCUAAAGAAAUUAAAAUCAGUCAGUUGGCUUCUAAAUUAUUAGAAAUUACAAACUAAUGAAAUUCCUUAUAACAAAAUAUUUUUGCCAAGUUGGAACUAGCAUUUAAACAAUACAGAAUGUUUAUUGAUUGUUUUCCAAAUUUUUUGCAAAAUAGUUUAAGCUUUAUUGUAUUGCACAUAGUUCAUUAGUGCACAUCAAUAUAAUAUUGUAUAAUACUGCUUAUUCUCAAUUAACCUUUAAGUAAUACAUUUCUCAGGAUAAUUUGUUCUUUCUUUAAAAGAAGUAUAUGAUUUUAUGUCAUUACAAAUGAUAUAAUAAGUAUUCCAUUUAUUGAUAAACGAUUUCAUUCUAUUCUAAAUUGGAUUUCAUUCAGAUGCUGAUCCUCUUCAAAAUUAGUGCACCGCCAUAUGUAUGAGUGCCAAUUCUCUCACGCUUAUAUCAGCUGGACAAGUGAAAAUGUUCUUUUUAUUUUAUAGUGAAUGCUGGCACAUCAUUGAUUUGUGCCAUUUUAAUUACUGUAUCUAUAUAAGUUUUGGAUGAUUUCAGUAAGAUUAUUCCAAGACUACAAUACUAUGCUUACAUUUGAAUAAACUUGUAAAAGCAUGUUUAAAAUCUUCUUCUAUUGACACAGCAUAAUUGUGAUGUUACUGUCUAGUAGACAAAAUCUUGUUUGGUUAAAAUGGCCAUAAAAUAUUUCACUCAUUUUAUGUCCCAGUUUAGGGUUGAAACAAUAUUAGAAAAGCAUGAUGGAAAAAUGUGGAUGAAUAAAGAACUCACUGGCAAAAAGUUUCACAGAUUUGGAGAUACAUGUUUUCAAAUACAUCUAUACAGUCAAGGUGAAAAUGUGUUGAGUCAGCCAAACCCAAAACAAACAAAGACUAAAGAAAGAGAAGAAAAGCUGUUUUAUCUACACAAAGAAAACGAACAAAUGCUUCCCUUUCUCCCAAGCAGAAACACAAACACCCAGAAAAAAAAUGGCAGCCAAGUUCUUCACCCAGUGACACGGAUAUUUCUCAAA